AUGACAGAUCGAGCAUUACUUGAUUCUGGCUCUCAAUUAAACUUCAUAACAGAAGAAUUAGCCCAAAGAUUAAAACUUCGAAAGGAAGAAAAACUUUUGAAUCUGCUUGGCAUUGGAAAGGCAAGUGCUACAGUAAUGAACUCAAUAUCGUCUUAUCAGCCGGACCAAGUAAUAAAAACUUUGGAUUGGAAUAUUCUUUCCAACAUUCAACUAGCUGAUCCGUAUUUCAAUAAGCCACAAAAAAUUGACCUACUUAUUGGAGCAGACACAUUUUUUGAAUUGUUGUCGGUUGGUCAAAUUAAUCAAGGUUCCGAAUUUCCAACUAUUCAAAAGACAAUUCUUGGCUGGAUAAUAUCUGGGAAAUACCCCAAGGGUACAAAUAACAAUACCAAGCAUUGCAAUCUCUUAUGUCAGUGUGAAGAUUUAUCAGAUUUAGAUCAAAAGAUACCAAAACUCUGGUUAUUGGAAGAAUUUCCUGGGGAAACGAAAAAAUAUUUUACUCCAGAACAACAAUUGUGUGAAAAACACUUUGUGGAAAAUACAAAACUUUUUCCGACAGGUCGAUUUGAGGUUAAACUUCCCUUCAAAUUAUCCUCAAACUCGCUUGGAUCAUCAUUCGAAACUGUCAAAUGUAGAUUUCUUGCACUUGAGCGCAAAUUAUCCAAAACUAGCGAUUUGAGAGGAAUGUAUAUGGAUUUCAUGAAAGAAUACAUCCAAAGGGCCCGCACUAUUUUAUUCCACAUCAGUGUGUUUUGCGACCGCAAAGUACAAGUACUAAGUUGA